AUGUGAAGUUAUUUGGAUGUUGUGUGGCGCAAGUGUGAAAAUAAAAAAAGGAAGAGAAGGAGAGAAAAGAAAUGAAUAUUGGAUGGAGGGUUUUCGUUUUCAGCGUACGGCACUCUCUUUUGCACACUCGACUUCUCCGAUGGAACUUAGCUGGCUACUCAACAGAACAGACCCAUGUGAGCCAUUCAUCACGAAAACAGAGUACGUUGAAGUCGUCGAAUGUUCCAAAGGGGCACGUGGCGGUGUACGUAGGAGAGUUGCAAAAGAAGAGGUUUGUGGUUCCAAUAUCGUAUUUGAACCAUCCUUUGUUUAUUGAUUUGCUCAACAUAGCAGAACAAGAGUUUGGGUUCAACCAUCCCAUGGGUGGCCUCACUAUUCCUUGCAAAGAAGAUGCCUUCAUCAAUCUCACCACUCAACUGCGUGCCUCAUAAUCAUCAAACUCAAACGUCUAUCAUCAUUUUCCUUCUAACUCAUUUUGACAAACACAAUCUUUUAUUUUCUUUGUAUAAUAUUACUAUGUUAAACUUUAUUAACUCCACGCAAGUCAGGAGAAUCAAACCAUGCCAACUGCCCAACUGUAACUUCCUUUCAACUUCUCUUCUCUCUCUGUAAACUUCACAAUUUAUUUAUUGUUUAAAGACUUUGUUAAAAUAA